ACCACUGCAGCGCUAAAGUUGUUAAUUGUGUUAAACCAAUAAAACGCGACGAAUGUGAAAAUCGAUAUUCGCAAUUCGCAAUUCUCAACUCGCAACUCGCAACUCGCAACUCGCCAAAAUAGUCGUUCAACAAAAUAUUGAGAAAAAGUGCGCCAUAAAAAGUUUCUGUGCAACCAAAAGGGGAAUCAAUAAAAAUUACUGUAAUGGCGCAAUUUGUGGUAAUCUGGAGCAUAUUUCUGUACGCUUCCUGUCUGCUGCUGCUCAGCAGUGCUGAAGUCCCACAACAACAACAGCAGCAGCAACUCACCAAAGUGCCAUUGGUCAACAACAAUGUUGUUGAAAUGGUUGCUGAUGUGGGUGGACAAAGCGGAGUAGGUGCCGGUGUGGGUCUAGCAGGCGGUGUAGGUGGCAUAGUAGCGCCCAGCGUCGCUUCAGUGGCGAAGGAGGAGCGUGUUUACUACCAUCCGGCUGCGGUAACCAAACCACGAAUCAUCGACCAGUAUGAUCAUCGCUCCUUGGACGGACACUUUGAGUACAGAUAUUUGCUCAGUAACGGUGAAGCUCGUUAUGAACGCGCCUACUGGUUGCCAGCAGGUAAAAAUAUGGUGUUGGCACGCAAGGGAUACUACUCUUACCCAAUAUCGAACAAUAAAUUCCUAACAGUCUUCUACACUGCUGAUGAGAAUGGAUACCGACAGGAUUCAACCACAUUUAGUAGAACGCAACCACAUCUCCCGCGUAGUAUCGAAGUGCCAGAAUACGUACCACAAUCGGCAUACGCCGCGCAUUCACCGGUAACACAACAUCAGAGUAAACCGAGUAAACCACAUGCGCACACUUCCACGACAACCCCAAAGCCUUUUGUUCCAUCAACCGAUAAUCCAUUCAUACAAUUGAAACCAACGGCGACAUCACAUAUGCCGGCACAUCAAUCUAUUGUUGGCCAUGGUCAACCCUCGUACGGUCAUCAAUCACAAGCGCAACAUUCAGCCGUUCAUUCAUCAGUUGGAAGUCAUGUGGCGUCAAGCAUGCACUCAUCUACUGGUGCACACCAACCAUCAGGACCGCACCAUUCAUCUGCUCAUUCAUCGUCAGCUGGUCAUUCAUCAGCCGGCGGUCAUGUGGCGUCAGGCGUUCACUCAUCUACUGUUGCACACCAACCAUCAAGACCCCACCAUUCAUCUGUUCAUUCAUCGUCAGCUGGUCAUACAUCAGUCGGCGGUCAUGUGGCGUCAGAUGUUCACUCAUCUACUGGUGCACACCAUUCCGCAUCAGCUCAUCCUGCAUCGGUUGUCUCCUCUUCCUCUGGUGUUCACACCAGCGUAGGAGUUAAGCCUGUCCCAAGUCAAUUAUGGCAGUCGUCAGUUGCUGCUCCCGCCGUGUCAAAUGUGGUGUCAUCUCCGGGAGUUCCCCAUUUGUCUGGAGUCCAUUCACAAGCAGUUCACCCUGCAGUUCCCAGCCAAUCGGCAGUUCAACAUGGAGUAGAAAGUCAUUCCCAAGUGGGAGCUCACCCAAUUGUUCCCUUCCAACCGGCAGUUAUUUCUUCUUGGGCUAGUCAGUCAUCAGGCGUUCAUUCCCAGACGGGAGGACAUUCAGAACUUCCAGCAGCUUCCACAGUUCUCCCCUCAGUAGGCGCUUACUCACCACCUCCAGUUCAUUCCCCAUCUAUAGUCCAAACUUCCACAGGAGUACAUUCCACUGCAGUCCACCACACACGCCCCACAGUACGCCCAACCAACCAAGUAUAUCAAUACCAAUCAGCUGCACAAGGUUCUUCGGUAGGAGUUCCUCCAACAGUUGCUUCGCCCACAGGCCCAGUUCAAUCAUGGCAUUAUAGUUUUUAAACAAACAACACCUGAUUGUGAAUCAAGGCGAUUAAGUUGGUAUAGAAAUUUUGACCUGGCUUACGAAACUACAUUAUACAUAUAUUUUCUUGUAAUUAAAAACCGAAAAUAAAAUACUUCC